AUGACGAAAUAUUUAUUGUCAGUGUUUGGUGCUUGGCCUCUUCAGAAAGUAACUACUGGUCGUAUAAUUUUAAGAACAGUUGUUGUUUUACUAGUUAUAAGUUCACUUUUACCUCAACUUUUCAGAGUAUUUACUCAAUUUAAUGAUCUUGAUGCUGUCAUUGAAUCAUCAGCAAUUGCAUUUUUACAUCUUAUAUCAAUAAUAAAUGCAAUUUAUUGUUUUUCAAACAAUGAAAUAGAAAAAAAAUUACUUAUUCAAAUAAGAAAUCUAUGGGAAUCACGAUUAUCAGAAAUUGAAAGAGGAUAUUUAGAAGUUUAUGGAAAUGCUGGAAAAAAAAUAACUCAUAUAUACGCAAUUAGUUUAUAUGGAACUGGAAUGAUAACAUUAUUAACAACAAUUUCACCAAUUUUACUUGAUAAAAUUUUACCUCUCAAUGAAACACGACCAACAGUAUUUCUUUAUCGAGCUGAAUAUUUCAUUGAUGAGGAAGAAUAUUCAAUGUUUAUAUUGAUACACUCUUGGAUUGUGACACCAUUUCAAGUCACAAUUAUCGUUGGAUUUGAUUCAUUGUAUGCUCAUUAUGUUCAACAUUUAUGCAGCUGGUAUUUAAUUGUCGGACAUAGAAUGAAAAAUAUAUCUACAGCGUUAGAUAAAAUAAAUAAAAAUAAUAAUUUAUUUGAUGAAAAUAAAAGAAUCAUUUUGUCAUUUGAAAAAUGUAUUAAUGAACAUAUUAAAGCUCUUGAAUUUACAUCGAAUAUACAAUCAAUAUACGGUACUCCACUUUUUUUUAUAAUUGGUAUUAAUAUGGUUCAAAUCAGCAUGACAGGAUGUCAUACAAUAUCAAAAAUUGGAGAACCUCAAGAAGCAGUAAGAUAUGGAUCAUUUGCUAUGGCACAAUUUGUACAUUUAUUCUUCUUAAGUUGGCCGGGCCAAAAAAUAAUUGAUCACAGUGGUGAUUUAUUUAGAUCAAUGUAAAAGAAAAAAGCUGAUUUAUUCUGAUUUAUUGUUUUUCAAUUAUUAUUUAUUUUUUAAGCUUAUUAAUUUUUUUACAUUUAGAUAUGAAACCAAAUGGUAUGAU